CGCACGCUCCCACGGCUGGCUAGGACGCGCGGCGGCGGCGGCGGCGGCGGCCCCUCCCCGGCGGGGCCGGGCGGGCUGCUGGGAGUUGUGGUCCGCGCCGCCGAGCCGCCGGCGCCGGAGCAGACCGUCGAUCGGUGCGGGCGAGCGGAAUCCGGCGGCAGAUUGUCCGAGAAGAUCAAGGGAGAGGCUGGAUUCCCGCAGCUACUUUGUUUGGAGACCCAGGAGGGAGGACCAAGGUUCUCAGAGCAGCGCCUCCCCACUUGAGAGACACGAUGCCGCCGUGGGAAACCCCUUUGGGGAGUCAGGAGCCCAGGCCUGCAAUGGGACCAGCCCCACUGGCCACCUUGAGCUGGGUACUUGGCACCCGGAUCCCUAGGAACUCUUUCGCUGCAUGACCGGCCUUUCUCCGAUGGGUGAAGCUGCCCAGGUCCUGCCCAGCUUUUCCUGUUGAAUUUCUUCUUGGGCGCCUGUGUGCCCCAGGCGCAAGGCUUUGUACAGCUGCUGCCAAGAUGUCUCUGGAAGGGCUGAUGUGCUGCCAUGGGUCGCUUGAUUGGCUGAGGGAGUUCAUCGGCUCCACCAUCCAGUCGGUGCGGGACUGUGACCCCCCUGCGCUCAGCACUCUGGCCGUCCUGCUGGCCCUCUUCGUCUGGUACUGCUACCACGUGGGGCGGGAGCAGCAGCCCCGGCCUUACGCCACGGUGCUCCAGGGGGGCGUGGAGGUGGCCGGCCUGCAGAACGGCUUCAGCCACUGCCGCUCCCCCGAGUGCGUGCGCUGUGCCCAGAGCGAUGGGCUGAACCAGAAGCUCUACCACAACCUGCAGGAGUAUGCCAAGCGGUACUCGUGGGCGGGCAUGGGCCGGAUCCACAAGGGCAUUCGCGAGCAGGGCCGCUACCUGACCAGCCGCCCAUCCAUCCAGCGCCCAGAGGUCUUCUUCCUGCCCGACUUGCCCACCACCCCCUAUUUCUCCCGGGAAGCCCAGAAACACGACGUGGAACUGCUGGAGCGCAACUUCCAGACCAUCCUGUGUGAGUUCGAAUCCCUCUACAAGGCCUUCUCCAACUGCAGCCUGCCGGACGGAUGGAAGGUCAACAGCACGCCCAGCGGUGAGUGGCUGACCUUCUACCUGGUCAACCAGGGCACCUGCGUGCCCCGGAACUGUCGGAAGUGCCCUCGGACAUACCGCUUGCUGGGGAGCCUCCGCACCUGCGUGGGCAGCAACGUGUUUGGCAACGCCUGCAUCUCCGUGCUGACCCCUGGCACAGUCAUCACUGAGCACUAUGGGCCGACCAACAUCCGUGUGCGCUGCCACCUGGGUUUGAAGACACCCAGCAGCUGUGAGCUAGUGGUGGGAGGUGAGCCCCAGUGCUGGGCCGAAGGACGCUGCCUGAUUUUUGACGAUUCCUUCCUGCACACAGCCUACCAUGGAGGCAAGUCUCUUCCAGCUGAAGACAGUGCUGUGCCACAGAGACCCAGAGAGCGUUUUCCAGGCCUCCCCCUUCCCUGUGGGCAGGAGGUGCCCCAGGUGAAGCGAGCCUGGGUGGCAUCUCUGUGCCCAUCCCCUGGAUCAACCUCCCUUCUCUUUGCCCCUCCAGGCUCCCCUGAGGAAGGACCCCGUGCGGUGUUCAUGGUAGACCUUUGGCACCCCAAUGUCGCUGCGGCCGAGCGCCAGGCUCUCGAUUUUAUUUUUGCUCCUGGACGGUGACG